CUGCCCCCCGUCACGUCGCAAAGUAACUUUAAAUUUACCCCGCCCUCAGUGCGCACACUCCGCCAGGGACAGAGGACAGCCUGCCACCAUUGCCAACAUCCUGGAAGGGGAGGAGGAGAGCUCGGCGCAUUUCACUCUCUCUUCCACACUCUCUCCCUCCUGUGAGGAUGCAGUGACUCCCUCUCGGCUGCGUGGAUCGGGAGUGCCCUUUGCGUGCGGAGGUCCUGGACGGCGAUACAAGGGCGUGACAGGGAUUCCGUCGAGGAUUGCUUGAAGGGUUUUAAAGGAACAAACUAAAGGGGUUGGCAGUUGGUCACACAGUAAACAAACCCGACCAAUGGACAUGACACAAGAUCAGGAUCGGCGGGUGAAGACCCUGCGGCGAGAGUUAGAAGGAUGGCGCGAGGUGUUGUACGUAGGCCAUUCCAUUCUCGUGUGGGAGAAGCAGUAUUACCCAUUCAUUUCCAUCUCGGCAGUUACAGCUCUCUUUCUGAUGAUAUGGUAUCUGGAACCCUCAAUGUUGACACUACUCUCCGUUCUGGGGAUCACAGUAACAUUGUGUGACUAUCUGGUACCUCAGAUUGUCCCAUGGAUCGUGGGAGCACAUUAUUGGACUGGAACACAUGAACGACGCUAUGAGCAGAUCAUCACUUCAGUCGCCUCACUGUGUGGAUUGGCCUCAUAUGUGUCCAAUACUUUAGCCUCCAUGAAGGAGUCAAAGCCCAGAACAUAUUUCGUGAUGGUGACAGGAAGUCUCAUAGUUAGUGCAUGGAUCGGCAGCACUAUAAACAACCUGCUUCUUACUUAUCUCAUCAUGCUAGUCUUAGUGUUACUACCAGGAAUGAAGCAUCAUGGGAUCUUGCAAAAAUAUUUCUCAACGGGACUUCAAGCUAUUGCCAAUCUCAUGAAGAGUUCUGUUGCCGCCAUACACGGAGGAAAGAAAUCUGAUGGGGAUGCCAACAAGAAAAAGGACUAAGACUCCUAGGAACCAGUCAAGUUUUCACCACUGUAUUUUUUGUUUUCCUUCUCUUCUUUUCCAAAGUAUUAUUCAGGUAUUACUCAUGCUCUGUUGGUGAUACUGAGAAAAUUCCCGGGUAUGUUUGUGUUGCAGCUAUCAAUUGGAAAAGAAUGCUCUCUAGCUGCAGGUUUUUAUUGGUGUAUCUAGCAUAUGCCCCACUACUUAAAAAGAGUGUAUAGUACACUUCCAUAUGUUUAAUGACACCUAGGUUAUUUUAUGAAGGUAAUAGUUGAUGCUGCUUAUUUUUAUUAUUUCAUUAUGUAGAAAAGAAGGAAAAAUCCACUCAAGGACGAUACACAUAUUAUAUUAGGAAAUGAAUAGGAAGGUACAGAACUAUUUUUGAUACCUUGAUUUUUAGUCAUUUAAAGAGAGAGUAAAGUAUUUUGGCUAUUUUAGGCAUGGAUUGUUAGGUAGACCAAAGGUUGGCAAAGUUUCUUGCCUAUAGACUAUUUCACCCCCCCCCCCCCCAUCAUACUUAGACUCCCACACAGCAGGCAGUCAAAUUAUCAUUAGAAUAAAAUUGGUAAUGAUGGAAGUAAGCAAUGCAUUUUAUGUUUGCAUUAUGCACUAUUAUAUCAUUAACAGUUUUCACUUCUGUUAAUACAACUAUUGAAAUUGUUUAUCUGAAUGUUUCCACAGUAAAGUUAUAAACUAACUGAAUAGAUUAGUAAUUAUGUAAAAUGCCAUGACAUAAACAUGAGUAUAUGAAAUUUUGUAAUCUUACUGUCAAUAUAUACAUACUUUAGGUAAAUGCACCAUUACAGUUAGGACAGGUAUAGACUCCAUAUAAACCCUCACAGUCAUUGACACCAUUGCCAACCUU